AAAGCUGUAUGUUUGAGGACUACAAUACCCAGACGUCUUCGCGCUGCAUUAGAAACCCGUACCCACCCGAGGUCCUAAAUAAACGGCGGCUCUCGCAGCAAGAUGGCUCAGUACGGCAGACGCAUUAACCUGAUAGUCCAGCUCCUUAACAAGUAUAACCCGGACAAUCAGAGCCUUGAGCAUUUCCUGGAAGAAUCUGCAGAAGGCUUGCAGGCUCUUAACCAUGAAGAAGAACAAUUUGUCCUCGAUGUCCUGUCUGGGUGUGUUCAGUACAAAACCCUACUGGACGUUGUUGUCCAAGCUUUCUAUGCCCGGGACGGGAAGCAUUAUCUACUGUCAGAGCAGUGCUUGUAUGCUGUGAUAAGUUAUAUUGCCAUAUUUAAGAUGGAAGAACUUGGUCUUCAAACCUUUGGUCGAAUUGUUAGAUGCCAAGAUUUCACCAAGAUGGACAAGUUUCUUAGGUUUUUCUUUAAUGUCCUAAACCUGAACACGUGGAUAAGAGAUGAAUGGAGUCAGAUAUACGAUUCAGAUUACGUGAAGGAAAACUUGAUCAAUCCAUUGCUAAAGUGGCAACCUGAAGUCCUGAAUUUAUUAGAGGUCAUAGAAAGUAAGAGGGUAAAGGGUCCUAACUUAGCAAAAGGCUCUAAUGGGACAGAGGUGAAGGAAUUCAACUUAACAAAGCCUAAGCCCAGGACCAUACCAGUACCGCAAAAAAUACCAGCCCAAAAGCAGCACCAACCAGUCCCUGAGAGCACAUACAAAAGUCCUAAAGAGCAAGAAGUUCUUGAAGAAAAGAAAUUAGGAAAUCGACAAAAAGCAGAGGAGCUGUUGAUCGAAGCAAACAUGGGGCAGUAUAAAUGUGCCAAUCCUGAGAAGUCAGAGAAAACCAAGCGUGUUUUGUCAGAAAUAAUGAAAGAAGAAGAAAACAAAUUGGCUGUGAAUAAAAUGAAAGUCCAGCAGGUUCCCCUGAAGAAGGUGGAUAAUGUUCCGGUUCGACUGAAUGCUGCAGCCAUACUAAGAGAGGGCGCUCUUUAUCAGCGUCAGGUGGAAGAAGAGCUGAACAGAAUAGAAAAGUUGGUGGAUGGGGCCCGGGACCCUAGCGAGUUUUUGGAAUGGCAGCGGCAAAUGCAGGCAAAGGACCUGGAAAGGCAACUCGCCGAUAUAGAAUGCCGGCGUCUAGAAGGGAAGCUGAGCCGCGAGGAAGCCGUCCUAGCUCGGCAGAACCUCAUACAGGACAACAAGAGAAAGGCUUUCCUGAAGAAAGAAGAGACGAAGAAGCUGAUGCGGCAGUACGCAGAGAAACGUCUGCAAGAAGAGAAGGAGAUGAGGGACCUCGUGGAGCAAGUGUCUGAGGGACACAAAAACACUAAACAAGCAAGACUGAAGCUUCAGAAAUACAAGCAACAGAUAGUACAAGAAGUUGCAGAGGAAAGUCGGGAGUUGUUACGCCAGGCCCUAGAGGAGGCCCAGGAGGAGCUGAAGAAGAAAUUUGAGCUGAUCCGCGAGAUACGAGCCAUGGAGUCUGUGCCAAUCAUUAGACAGAAGUUUGUGGAUCUAACACAAACUGCUGGACAUAGAUUGAACUGUGAGAUGUCCAUAGUGGAGCUCCGGGAACGUCUGGCUUUACUAAAGGAAGCUGAGAGAAAAGCUGAGGAGGAAAAGAGAGACCAGAUCCUUGAGGAGAAACAGUCAAAACAGCAGCUUCUUCUGGAUACACUGGAGCAGAUCUCUCUACACAGAGCUGCCCAAGGCAAAGCUUCUCUUCUCAGGCUGGAAGAGAAAAAAACGAAAUCUCAGCUUGGAAAAGCCGCUAUAGAAAACAAUGAGCGGGUCACCGAACUUCAGAGGAAACUCGAGGAGAAAAUGACCGAACGCAAGAGACAGGCCGAAGCCUUAAAGCUGAACCCCCAACGUAAUACCAUCAAAUCUUCUAAGAACUCUUAUGAAGAGAAGCACUGGAAGGAACUGGAGGAGAGCAGGGAGCGCCAGGCUCAGCUACUCCAGUACGGGGUGGUGUCAAGAGAAACCGCUCACAGGAUGGCCGCUUAUCAGGCUGCAAGAAACUGGAGCUCGCAAGCCUAUGUGACGCCGUCAUAGACUUCUCACAUCAUUGGACUUUAUGUUCUCCUCUACCCAGCAGACUGUACGGAGACCACAGACUCACUAAUAAAGAAAAAGAUGCCCAUAGUAAAGAAAAACAGCAAAAAUAAUUUUUUAGCUAAUUGCUUACAAAUAGCUGGUUACGGUACAGUGAAGUCAGAGGAACACCUCGCAAGCCAAAAGUGAACA